UCCCCCUGGCCUCAGCGUCUGAUGGCGAGGGAGCACAGAAUGAGAUGAACAGAUCGGUAGAAUUCUAGCUACAGAGGAACAAGUUAGAGGCCGGAGCUGAGAACGCGGUGUAAGAUCUGUUACCCAUUACACAGAAGAGAGGGAAACCCUGAAGUAAAUAGAGAAGGGAGAGCUGCUUUGACCGGGAGGAGGCCUGCUGAAUACAAAGGCCUAAGAUGUAGUGAGUGUGGUAUGCUAUGAGACAGGAGGCAGGGUCUUCGCCUUUCUGAAUUUUGUUCUUAUUUAAUAUUUGAAGGAACCCGGUUAGAAGUUGUAAGCAGCUAGGUAUGUGGCACGUACCAAUAAUCCUGGUGUGAGACAAAAGGGCCUCACAUUAGUCUAGUCUGGGCUACAUAAUAAGACUGUGUUUGAAGAGUGAGCAGAGUGUGGUGGUGCACACCUUUAAUUCCAGCACCCAGGAGGCAGAGGCAGGCAGAUCUCUGAAUUCCAGGCCAGCCAGGUCUACAUUGCCAGCCCCAGGCUAGCCAAGGCUACAUAACAAGACUCUAUCUCAAAGAUUAAUAAAAAUAGGCAAAGGCUGAGCAGAAACGAGCCAAAACCUGACUUCGAUUUUGUUUGGGUAAGAGAUUAUAUAGCUAAAACUGAGAUGGGAUGUGGCCCUAUUUCCUAUUUCAUGGAUUGUGGAUUGAUUGACUAAAAGCAAACUGAGCCGGAGAAUUCACCUGCUUCCUGUCUGCUAAGGUGAUGUGCCCAGCUGCUGUCAAGUUCCCGCUGCUGAGACUCCUCAACACUGUACCCUGGAUCUGUGAGCCAGAGCAGGCCCUUCUUUCCUUAACUUGCCUUCCCAGUGGGGCCAGCCUGUGAUCCCAUCAUGUGGGAGGUGGAGACUACAUAGUGCAUUUGAAGCCAGGGGAGGCUAUGCGAGACCCUGUCUCACAAAAGCCAAAAUAAUUCUAUGAGGGCUGGUCUAUAGCCAAGAGGUACAGUUACUGCCUAAUGUGCUGAGGCCUGAGGUUCAGUCUGAAAGCCAAAAAGAAUAUAUUCAAAACCAUGCAAAGUCGGGAUUGCUGGAUGCUAAGUACAUGCGACUUAAUCCGUAACUCGGUUGACAUCUCCUUAUAUGCUAGAGAAUCUGGGCUGUUCUUUUUGUUGUUGUUGUGUUGUUGUUUGUCUUUUAACAAAACCUAGAUGUGAUUACAAACUUCUAUUUGAAAACCUAGUGGUUACUCAACCCAACCCCACAGUCAUGUGGCCUCACCUGGUUUUCAGACCCAAUGUUGACACUAUGUCUAAUAUUUUUUGUCAUUCAUUCUUUAAAAUGUUUUUUAAAUAGGGUCUCACUUUGUAUCCCCUUACUGUCGUGGAACUCACUGUAUAGACCAGGUUGACCUCCAACUCAGAGAAAUCUGCCUGCCUCCUGAAUGCUGGGAUUUAAGAUGGAUGUUACCACCCCUAGCCUCUUUUUCUUUUUUCUUUUGUUAGCUAGAUAGGCACAGCCUCACAGAUAGUGACAUUGUGUGUGAGGACGAAUGCAUUUGAGGGGACACAUGCCACACAUAUAGAUGUCAAAGGAUGUCUUUUGGGAAUUGGUUUCGGCCUUCCACAUUUUUGUGAGUUCUGGAGAUCAAACUUAAGCCCUUGGCUUUGUUUUUUUGUUUGUUUGUUUGUUUGGUUUGGUUUGGGUUUUCGAGACAGAGUUUCUCUGUGUAGCCCUGGCUGUCCUGGAACUCACUCUGUAGACCAGGCUGGCCUUGAACUCAGAAAUCCGCCUGCCUCUGCCUCUGCCUCUGCCUUUGCCUCCCAAGUGCUGGGAUUAAAGGCGUGCGCCACCAACUGCCCAGCAAGCCCUUGGUUUUUGAGGCAUGUUCUUUACUGCUGAGCUACCUUUCCUACUCUGUCUACAGUGAGCUUGUAAUUCUCUGAAUUCACAAGACAGCUGUUUGGUUAUUUAAGGUUUCAUGUAACUCAGGAUGGUCUCUCUAGCCACAGGCAACCUUGAGCUUGGCAUUCUCCUGCCUCCCCUCCUACGGGCUGAGGUCCUGGGCACGCUCCACCAUAUCCUACUUGGUUUGGCUUUUGAGAGGUUUUAUGUGUAGCCCAAGCGUGACUUGAACUCCUGAUCUCUUGCCUCAGUUGGGCUAAUGAGCAUGUGCCCCAUGUUCAGCUGUAGCCAUCUUUGCAUGUGGUGCCUGCCCCUCAGCCUCCAGUGACCUUCCUGCUUUCUGCUUCUCCCAGCUCUCCUUCUACAGAAAGCCUUCUCUGACGUGAACCGUACUAUACUGAGAUGUGGCUGUUUCCUUCUAGUCAGCUCUCUCUUCUCCUUCCUUUCCUUCUUCCUUGCCAUUGUCCCCUCUUUUGCAGUUCUGGGGACUGAAACCUAAGGCUUUGUGCAUGUUAGGCAAGUGCUGUACCACUGUGCCUCAAAAAUGGGGACCUCUGUAUCAUUGCAGGAACUUAGUACUCAGUACUGUGACUAAGUACUUGCUCAUCUUUAAUUCCUGGCAUUUAGCAUGGCACAAUAACAUGAGUUCAGCAGGUGCUCAUUGAGUGAGUUUCCUUGAAUAUAUAUAUGAAUAAGAUAAUGUUUCUCAUGGUGGUAUAGGAAGCUGUUUUCAGCCGGGCAGUGGUGGCACAUGCCAGCACUUGGGAGUCAGAGGCAGGUGGAUUUCUGAGUUCCAGGCCAGCCUGCUUGGUCCAUAGAGCGAGUUCCAGGACAGCCAGUGCUAUACAGAGAAACCCUGUCUUGAAAAACCAAAAAAAAAAAAAAAAAAAAAGAGAGAGAGAAAAGGAAGCUGUUUUCUUUACAACCUGAGUCUGAUUGGUAAUUUCUGGUAGCCUUGUUAGCCUGAUGUCAUGAAGAAUUGGGGGGAGGGUGUCACCCACAUGAUUUUCCCCCUCUCUCCUUUUUGUUUCUUCUUUCCAGGCAUGGUUUGCAACUGGAUCCUGACCCAGACCAGGAAGGCAACCUGCAUCAUGUGGUUACCAACUGCUCUUCAUUUACCUAUUGAUGCCUCCCAAAAAGAGACGCAGACAGUCCCAGAAAGCCCAGCUGCUGUUUCACCAACAGCCACUGGAGGGCCCCAAACACCACUAUGAAUCUUGCCAGCAGCCCAUUACCCACACUGUUCAGGUGCCCAGCAAGCCCAUUGAUCAGAGCACCGUCACUUCCUGGGUGUCACCCCAGUUUGAUAGAGCAGCGGAAAGCCGGUUUCUGAUACACCGGAAGCCUCACCGAGACCAGGCAAGGCGCCCAACUCGGAGAUCUACCUGCAAGUUUCCACGUCUAACCUUUGAGAGUCCACAGUCUUCCAGUUCAGAGACGUUGUUGCUAUCCAACCGAGUGCAGCCCCAGAACUCAGAAAAGGACCCACCCAGAAGGCCUUUAGUGCCAUUGUUCAGUCCCCAGAGCUGUGGAGAACUGUCAGUGCAUGUACCUCACAGUUUACCUCAUGUGUUCGCACCCCCUGACAUCCAGACCCCAGACUCUUCUGUAAGAGACGAUCCCAUUUCCCCAGACCAGAAGGAAAACAGUUUUCCAAGCUGCAUCCUUGGCCCUGGGACUCCCAGCAGCCCAGAGCCGGGGCCUGUUCUGGUCAAGGACACCCCUGAGGAGAAGUAUGGGAUUAAGGUCACGUGGAGACGCAGAAGGCACCUGUUUGCCUACCUUAAGGAGAAGGGGAAGCUGGAUGGAAGCCAGUUCCUUGUGAAGAUCUGACAGGACCGCAGAGCUUCAGUUCUUCCCGGAGCUGCUGUGGGGAGGUUUCGCAAGUCAUCCUGGUUUGAAAGGAUGAAAGGGGACGAACAGCAAUAGGAAGACCACUUAGCCAGAGUCGGAGUUCGGUUUCUAGGGUUCCGCCUCGCACCAGGAACCGUUGAAUUUAGUGUCAUGAACUGUUGGUAUUUUUCUCACAUUAACUGUUUAGACCUCUGACGUUUCUUGUACUGUUCACAGCGUUUGUAAAUAAAUGGCUGCCGAGUUUUUAGAGAACCCAGCCGUUGUCAGUAAUGCAGCCUCGUGCCCAUCUAUAAAAGGUCUAUGCUUAUUAGUCUUCUGCCUCGAACUAAUUCAUCUCACGCUGUUGGUACCGAGUGUGAGGCUCAGCGACUGGAGAAAAUCAAGAGAGAGCUCUGGUUUUUAAUGGUUGACAGCCUUGGCUCAAAGGGUCCCAAGCCAGGCCUGUGUUGGUGAAUACGAUGGGGUCAGAGAGCUAGGGGACGGAUGAGUACUUUAGGUUUGUGUUUUGAGAUGUGUUUACAGUGGAAGAAAUAUGACGCUAUCACAUGUGGUGGAGAAAUGGAUUCCUAUCAGUAACUUAUCCUAUGUGUACAUAAAGUGGAAGCUCACACUCUAGUGUGGGUAGUGUGGA